AUGCUCCAAAUGGACUUACACAAAGCUUAUGACAUCGUGGAAUGGUCGGCGUUAGAAGCAAUUUUGAAUGAAUUAAGCUUUCCUCACAUGUUCAUUAAAUGGAUCAUGAUUACGGUGACUACCGUGUCGUAUAGAUACCAUGUGAAUGGAGAACUCUCUAAUCUUGUUCUACCUAAGAGAGGGCUUAGGCAAGGGGACCCCCUUUCCCCCUUUAUUUUUGUGAUUGUUAUGGAGUAUGUCUAUCGUGCUCUGCAGAAGCUAAAUCAGGUUCCGAAUUUGAAUUUUCAUCCGAAAUGUGAAAAAUCAUCUAUCAUAAACCUCAGCUUUGUGGACGAUCUGCUUCUGUUUACAAGAGGGGAUCCCAUGUCUGUAAGAUUGGUGAUGAAUGCUUUUAACGGUUUCUCAGCAACCACUGGGUUAAACGUUAACCAAUCCAAGUGUAGCACUUACUUUGGAAAUGUUGGGGAUGAGGUGAAGAAGGACAUUCAGGCUAGUGUGAAUUACAGUGAAGGCAUCAUUCCUUUUCGGUAUCUAGGUAUCCCUUUAUCAAACAAAAAACUUUCUGUUGCGCAUUGUCUUCUCUUAGCAGAUAAAAUUACAGCAAGAAUUAAACACUGGAGUGCACGGCUCCUGAGCUUUGGGGACAGGGCGCAAUUGAUAAACAAUGUUAUGUUUAUAAUUUCUAAUUUCUAG